UUUCUUCCCCAGACGUCUACAUGUUACGAUAUGGGACGGACAGGGCAAAGAAUCUCGGGUUGUAAGGCGACGAUGAAAGUCCGUGUGCUCAGUGCGUCACGAGAAACCUCCAUUGUGACAGAAGCCUCCAAUGUCGAUUUCGCCACAGUAGGCUUGGCUCGACAAAGCACAAGAACACGUGGAAGAGGGCUAGACUUUCCACCGAAUCAACGGUGGUGCAAGCUCGUCAAGCAAGAGAUCGAAUUUGUGGAUCAGACGUUAGACAUCGUUCGAUCAUUCAACUCUUUGUCAGACCCUGAAGCCUACCCCAGCUCGUCGGAAGACCAGCCCUUUUGCUUGUUGGAAGGACAAGACACAGAGCAUACAUCACCAUGUAUUGGUAGUCAGCAUGCUGUCGGCGAUGCGCAACAACGUCCGACCAGCUCGACUUACUCGCACACAGAUAGUCAACCCCAGGAGUCUAGUAAUCUAGGCCACGCCACUUUGCCAUUUCACCAGCAUUCUGAUCAAUUACCUGGGCUGGUGUUUCACGAAUACACAAACGUUACGACUGAGCAGAUUGAUAGUAAUCUCAAUAACACCGAAUUUACGGCACAGGAUACCUAUGCUUCAUACGGUGAUAAAUACCAGCUACGUCUACCCACCUGCGUGCUCAAGCAAGACGAGGCAGAGUUGGUUCGCCACUUCUUCUCCGGCUUCAGCGAUGCCUUCGAUCUUGGGGAUCCAGAUCGGCCAUUCUCCAGUUGGAUAUCAACCCGAGUGUUACAAUAUCCUCGACUUCUCGAGUCUGUCUUGACGAUCGCCUCGAGACAUCUCGACAAGGGGAAAACUAGUACGACUUGCCUGGACUCAGCGGCUGAGCCGUCUUCUGAUUACACCCAACGUUUGCCUAGCAUCAGUUCAAACAUUGACUCUUCUAUGGAAGAGACCCAUUCUGUUGCGGACCUGUUAUCACGAUUUGCGCAAAGCAUGGAAGCUAAAUGCUCGGUCUCCUCUCCCUCUCCCGGUCAAGCGACCAUGAUGGACGAACCGACAGAACCCUUUGAACAAGGGGACCUCCCCGAAGCCGCCUGGUGGGCAAAUCUGCGGCUGGAAGCCUACUUGGCAGUUGUCAAUCAGGCACCUUUCCCAUCAUACUUAGAUUCCCUGUGCGCAGACAAGAGAGGCGCUCCCGUCGAUGACAAAGACUGGGCGAACCUUAUGCUUCUUCACUUGACAGAAAUUAUCCGAUACUGUUUCUCAGAUAAUAAAGAUACCGAGCACUAUGCUGCGCUGCUGAAAGACACUACUAUCUGGUCGGAGACAAAACCAGAUUCCUUCGAUCCUAUAUAUACAUGCAAUCACCCCGAGAAACAAGUACUUCCAGAUAUAUGGCUAUAUAGCGAACCAGUGGCUGCUGGCUUGCAAUACUACCAUCUCAGCAGGAUGCUUCUUAUGUCUCAUGAUCCGCGUCUUCCAAAGAUUGGACUUGCAAGGAACAGGACAAUGAAGCAAAUAGAGGUCGAAAUGAAGAACGAUACCAAGAUAAUCUGCGCAAUUGCCGCAGGCAUGGGCGAAGCCAGUCCCACAUACCUCAAGGACAGUCUAAAGAAGACGUGGGGAUGGCUUUAG